UCAAAGCAAAAUUAUUGGAAGUGUAAGUUAAUAUUUCGUUAUGUAUUCAAGGAGGAAGACAUGGAAGCAAUUACCGAAGAGGAAUACAUGGAAGGGAUCAUUCCUGAAGAAUGCAUGGGAGGGACCAUUCAUGACAAAAGCAUGGAAAAGUCCAUUGAUGACGAAAGCAUGGAAGGUAUAAUUGAUGACGAAAUCAUGGAAGAGACCAUUCAUGACGAAAUCAUGGAAGGGACCAUGAAGGAGGAAGGCGGGGUAGAGACCUUUCAAGUGGAAGAUACUCAAAGAACUGCACAGUAUGUUGAGGAAGAAAAUGACGAGGAGGAAAAUGAAGAUCAUCCUUAUAUUAGAAUGAUGAGAAGUCCUUUAGUUCUGGAAGGAUUUUUAUUAAAGAAUAAAGAAGACACCUUAAACAUCAGAAAAGAAGGUAAAGAGCUGGUAAAUGAGGCUGGGACAUCGAGCGCUCUGUUGUCUGACGAUAAGAAGAAGAAUGGAAAGGAAAAUAAGAAUCAUGGGGGAAAAGCAAAGAAAGGGAGGAGACCCAUUUUCUUCUUUUUUCGAUUGCUUGGAAUAUAACAGGGAAAUUUGAUACAAUUUACACUAAAAGAACAGUGAAAUGUGAUGAUAUUUUCAUAUCCUAUAGAAAAAAGUUGUUCUAAAUGUUUGAAAUAUUUAAUGCCUAAUA